AUGGGAUGUGGGCCUGCACUGGAGUUUGGCCUGAAAAAAGGAUUUGUUACUAUGGUACUGACUUUCAUUGCCCUCAGGUCCUACACCAUUGGACUGGGCCUGCACAGAGUUCACCAAUGGUAUGAAACAGGCAGCCAGAUGACUGAGGCCAUUUUCUCUGUGCAGCACCCAUACUACACUGUACCUUGGAGAGACCAUGACCUCAUGCUCAUCAAGUUGAGCAAACCAGUUGGGUUAUCAGAGACCAUCCAGACCAUCCACAUUGCCUCCAAAUGUCCGGAAACUGGAACCAUGUGCUCGGUUUCUGGCUGGGGCCAGUACCCUGACAGUCUGCAGUGUGUGCAUAUUCCAGUGGUGCUGGAGGAGUACUGUAAAGCAGUGUAUGAGGAAUCCUACCAUGACAGUAUGUUCUGUGCUGGUGGUGAGGGCCACAAGGACUCUUGCCCGGUAAGAGACUCGGACAGCUGGCAGAGCAGUGUGAGAGCUGCUUCCUUCCCUGUGGAGGUCACCCCUCCUGAGCCCCUGGAGAAGGUGGCCCUGCAGUGGGCUGCGGUCCAGGAAGCAAGGAUUCCUCCCAAAGGAACCGGCAAUCACUUCCCAGAUGUACCUCUCCGGAUCAGGAAACGCAUCGCAGAUGGCUUCCCUUGCAAUCCACACUCCCAGCCCUGGAUGGCCGCACUGUUUGACAAUUAUACCCAAUACUGUGCUGGAGUUCUGGUGCAUCCGCAGUGGGUGCUGUCAGCUGCACACUGCUGGAGACCAUCCUACACCAUUGUGCUGGGCCUACACGGACUUUAUGAUUGGUUUGAACCAGGCAGCCAGAUUAUCCAGGCAUGUUUUUCCGUGCAGCACCCAGACCAUCUCAACUCUUCGAGAGAUAGUGACCUCAUGCUCAUCAAGUUGAACACACCAGUUGUGGAAUCAGACACCAUCAAGACCAUCCCCAUCGCGUCCCGAUGUCCGACAUCUGGAACCAGGUGCCGGACCUCUGGCUGGGGUCAGCUGUUGAAUGGCUACGACUACCCUUAUUAUCUGCAGUGUGCAAUUAUUCCAGUGGUUUCAGAGAAAAUUUGCAGAUUCGAGCUUGAGUCAUACUACGACGACAGUAUGUUCUGUGCUGGUGGUGAGGGCUACCAAGAUGUUUGCCUUUCAGACUCUGGAGGCCCCCUGGUCUGUGGUGGGGUUCUGCAGGGCCUUGUGUCCUGGGGAUUCAAACCCUGUGGUGAACCUGGAGUUCCAAGCGUCUUCACCAACCUCUGCAAAUUCAAAGAGUGGAUAAACGAAGUUAUCCAGACCACAUAA